CUUUGCCUGUGAUGCAAGUUCGUUCACUCCGUGCUGAGACCACAUCCUUCCUGCCCCUGCUGGGUCUGGGAUUGCUAUAAAUUCAUCACAUUUCCUCUCUGGCUGUUUCUGAGGCUGGCAUCUGGGGAAACCUUUCUUCCAUGGCUCAGGACACACUUCUGGAUCCAAACCAACAGGAGACCUAUCUGUGUGGACCUAAGUCCAAGGACCUUGAGAAAGGCUGCAGAUGAAGAUGGAAAGCAUCCGCUGCAAGCUGUCCCGUUACCUGGAGGACCUGGAGGAUGUGGACUUAAAGAAAUUCAAAAUGCAUUUAGAAGACUAUCCUCCUCAGAAGGGCUGCAUCUCGCUCCCGAGGAGUCAGACGGAGAAGGCAGACCAUGUGGAUCUAGCCACCUUGAUGAUUGACUUUAAUGGGGAGGAGAAGGCGUGGGCCAUGGCUGUGUGGAUUUUUGCUGCAAUCAACAGGAGAGACCUUUACGAGAAAGCUAAGAGGGAUGAGCCAGAAUGGGAUAAUGCACAUGUUUCUAAUCCCACUGUGAUAUGCCGGGAAGAGAGCAUUGAAGAGGAGUGGAUGGGUUUACUGGGAUACCUUUCCAGAAUCUCUAUCUGUAAAAGGAAGAAAGAUUACUGUAAGAAGUACAGAAGACAUGUGAGAAGCAGAUUUCAGUGUAUCGAAGAUAGGAAUGCCCGACUGGGUGAGAGCGUGAACCUCAACAAACGCUACACCAGGCUGCGUCUCGUCAAGGAGCACCGCAGCCAGCAGGAAAGGGAGCAUGAGCUUCUGGCCAUUGGCAGGACCUCAGCCAAGACAUGGGACAGCCCUAUGAGUCCCAUUAAAAUGGAAUUGCUGUUUGAUCCCGAUGAUGAACACUCAGAGCCUGUGCACACGGUGGUGUUCCAGGGAGCAGCAGGCAUUGGGAAAACAAUACUGGCCAGGAAGAUUAUGUUGGACUGGGCGUCAGGGAAACUCUACAAGGACAGGUUUGACUAUUUGUUCUACAUCAACUGUCGGGAGGUGAGCCUCGUGACACAGAGGAGUCUGGGGGACCUCAUUGUUAGCUGCUGCCCUGAUCCCAACCCACCCAUAUGCAAGAUCGUAAGCAAGCCCUCCAGGAUCCUCUUCCUCAUGGAUGGCUUCGAUGAGCUCCAAGGUGCCUUUGACGAGCACAUAGGGGCACUCUGCAUGGACUGGCAGAAGGCCGAGCAGGGGGACAUUCUCCUGAGCAGCCUCAUCAGAAAGAAGCUGCUUCCUGAGGCCUCUCUGCUCAUCACCACCAGACCUGUGGCCCUGGAGAAGCUGCAGCAUUUACUGGACCAUCCUCGUCACGUGGAGAUCCUGGGUUUCUCAGAGGCCAAAAGAAAGGAGUAUUUCUUCAAGUAUUUCUCAGAUGAGGCACAAGCCAGGGAAGCCUUCAGGCUGAUUCAGGAGAACGAGAUCCUCUUCACUAUGUGCUUUAUUCCCCUGGUCUGUUGGAUUGUGUGCACUGGACUAAAACAGCAGAUGGAGAGUGGCAAGAGUCUUGCCCAGACGUCUAAGACCACCACUGCAGUAUAUGUCUUUUUCCUUUCCAGUUUGUUGCAGUCUGGAGGAGGGAGCCAGAACUGCCUCUCUACCUACCUCUGGGGGCUCUGCUCUUUGGCCGCAGAUGGAAUCUGGAACCAGAAAAUCCUAUUUGAGGAGAGUGACCUCAGGGAUCAUGGUCUGCAGAAGGUGGAUGUGUCUGCUUUCCUGAGGAUGAACCUGUUCCAAAAGGCAGUGGACUGUGAGAAAUUCUACAGCUUCAUCCACAUGACUUUCCAGGAGUUCUUUGCUGCCAUGUACUACCUCCUGGAAGAGGAGGAAGACGGGGGGAUGAGGAAUGUACCAAAGAGUUGUCCAGAGCUUCCAAACCGAGAUGUGACGGUCCUUCUUGAAAACUAUGGCAAGUUUGAAAAGGGGUAUCUGAUUUUUGUUGUCCGUUUCCUCUUUGGUCUUGUAAACCAGGAGAGGACCACCUACUUGGAGAAGAAACUAAGUUGCAAGAUUUCUCAGCAGAUCAGGCUGGAGCUGCUGAAAUGGAUUGAAGAAAAAGCCAAGGCCAAGAAGUUGCAGAUCCAGCCCAGCCAGCUGGAACUUUUCUACUGUUUGUACGAGAUGCAAGAGGAGGACUUUGUGCAAAGGGCCAUGGACCACUUCCCCAAAAUUGAGAUCAGUCUCUCCACUAGAAUGGACCAUGUAGUUUCUUCUUUUUGUAUUGAGAACUGCCAUCGUGUGGAAUCACUUUCCCUGGGGUUUCUCCAUAACUCACCCAAGGAGGAGGAGGAGGAGGAGGAGGACGAUCGACACCUUGACGUGGUCCAGUGUAUCCUCCCAGGACACACUGACUAUUCUCAUCAUGCUGACUAUUCUCAUCGAUUGGUAAACUGCUAUCUCACUUCCAACUUUUGCCGAGGCCUCUUCUCAGUUCUAAGCACCACCCGGAGCCUAACUGAAUUGGACCUCAGUGACAAUACUCUGGGAGACCCAGGGAUGAGGGUGUUGUGUGAAACGCUCCAGCACCCUGGCUGUAAUAUUCAGAGAUUGUGGUUGGGGAGGUGUGGCCUUUCCCAUCAGUGCUGCUUCGACAUCUCCUUGGUCCUGAGCAGCAACCAGAAGCUAGUGGAAUUGGACCUUAGCGACAAUACCCUGGGAGACUUUGGAAUCCAACUUUUGUGUGUGGGACUGAAGCAUCUAUUCUGCAAUCUGAAGAAACUCUGGUUGGUCAGUUGCUGCCUUACAUCAGCGUGUUGUCAGGAUCUUGCAUCAGUUCUGAGCACCAACCGUUCCCUGACCAGACUCUACAUGGGGGAAAAUGCCUUGGGAGACUCAGGAGUUCGAAUUUUAUUUCGAAUUUUAUGUGAAAAAGCCAAGCAUCCGCAAUGUAACCUGCAGAAACUGGGGCUGGUGAAUUCUGGCCUUACAUCCGUUGGUUGUUCAGCUCUGUCCUUGGUGCUCAGCACUAACCAGAAUCUCACGCACCUGUACCUACGGGGCAAUGCUCUUGGAGACGCGGGGGUCAAACUACUCUGCAAGGGACUCUUGCACUCCAAUUGCAAGCUUCAGAUGUUGGAAUUAGACAACUGCAGCCUCAGCUCACACUGCUGCUGGGAUCUGUCCACACUUCUGACCUCCAACCAGAGCCUGCGAAAGCUGAGCCUGGGCAACAACGACCUGGGUGAUCUGGGGGUCAUGAUGCUCUGUGAGGUUCUAAAACAGCAGGACUGCCUCCUGCAGAGUCUGCAGUUGAGUGAAAUGUAUUUCAAUUAUGAGACAAAGUUUGCUUUAGAAACACUUCGAGAAGAAAAGCCUGAGUUGACCAUUGUCUUUGAGCCUUCUUGGUAGGGAUAGAAACAGGACUGCCAGACUCCAGUGUUCUCUGGCCCCCGCCGUCCAGGUGUGCACAAGUGGAGUGAGCCCUCCUCCCACCAGGGUCAAGGCCACAGUUCUGUGAUUCUUCUGGUCCAAUGUCAGAAUGCAAGCUUGCUGAUGGUGCCUUUAUGUAGGGACCUGGAACAUCUCCUCUACCACAGGGUGAAGACACCAGGACAAUAAAACCAUCCCGAUGCUGCUGUUUUCAUCACAGUGCCUCAGUAGGAGAAUGUUCCUGUUGGUGACCUCAUAUAAUUAGCUCAUUCAAUAAAACACUUUUUCUGUUUGUGUUUCUUUUCUUGCUCUAACUCUCCCUUCCCUAUUUUUUUCCCCCUUUUUCUGCUUGCUUUUGUUCCUAUCAUCAUUUCUGCUUUCUAUAACUGACUGUAAUACAGAACUAAUUGACUCUGUAUAAUGUUGCAGUUUUGUGGCAGCUACUUAUUUAUUUUUAAUUUUUUUGUAACAGUUAUAUUUUCUAAUAAAAAUAAUUUGUGCCUGUUGUA